UUUUUCACAACACAUCAGCGUAUCGAACGCCUGUGUUCGAGCGUAUGCGAGUUCUUUAAAACGAGAUAUUUUAACAUAUUUACUAGUUGUUAUCUAUUAAUCUUACAUAAACUUAUACCCUAGAAAAAGGUUAAAAUCGAAAAACAAGUACGGAGACACUUUCGCCAUUGACAAUAUGUCGAGUCGUUACUACCCAAUCUACCGUCGAGGUAAUCCGCAGCUGCGCGUAUUUUUGCCGAAUUUCUUUAUGAAGCUGGUUCGCAGCAAAGUCGAUCAUCCUCCAAAUAUUGUGCACUUUGUCGUCCCGGUACAAAUGACACAGUUUGACGUUAAAAAUUAUCUCGAGAAGAUCUACAGGGUUCCAGUAGCUCAAGUGGAAACCAAGAUAGUUCUCGGUGACUUCAAAGCAGAGAAAACUAAAAGAUAUAUGAUCAAGGACGAUGAUUAUCGACUGGCCACCGUUACCCUACCUGAGGGCUGUACCUUCAAAUUUCCUACGCUGUUCCCCCCAGAUAAGAUUAGGAAAGCGACCGAGGAUAUGAGGAAACAUCAACAGCAAGUCGACGAACAUGAACGCACUUAUCAGCGGGAAGAUCCAAACAGACAACAUGUGCCAAGUUGGUUCGCGCUAUAGGAUGCACCGAUUCUUCAACCUCUGUUAGUAACUUCUACGAUCGAUUCGUGUAUAUUCAGUUAAUCUAUUUUAUAUUGGAGAGGGGUCAUGUAAUAAUCAGUAGCUUGAACUAUAAUCAUGAAGUAAAAAAAAUUCUGUGGGAAAGAAAGGUUCAAUAUUUAUAGAUAAAGGCGCUGAAUAAAGAAAUGGUGCUGUGACCAUACAGUAAGUAAA